AUGACUUCGACGGGCACUCUGUGCAAUCUCGCGGGACCGGAAGGGCGAAAGAAGCGCGUCGCGUAUUUCUACGAUCCGGACGUGGGGAAUUACUAUUACGGCCAGGGCCAUCCCAUGAAGCCGCACCGCAUCCGGAUGACGCACAGCCUGCUCAUGCACUACGGCCUGCACACCAAGCUGGAGAUCUUCAAGCCGUUUCCCGCGCGCGAUAAAGAUAUGUGCAGGUGCCAUUCGAACGAUUACGUCGAGUUUCUCCGCACAGUCACCCCUGAGAACCAGCACGAGCAGCUGCGAAUGCUCUUGUUGAACGCUUCCCUUUUCCCCUCCAUCCUCCCACCACUACCGGGUUCCACUCAGACGACUAUGUUUCACUCGGACGAUUACGUCGAAUUCCUCCGCACAGUCACCCCUGAGAAUCAGCACGAGCAGCUGCGGAUGCUCAAGCGCUUCAACGUAGGAGAAGACUGUCCCGUCUUCGACGGGCUCUACCAGUUCUGCCAAACCUACACCGGAGGCUCGGUGGGAGGUGCGGUGAAGCUGAACCACGGGCACUCGGACAUCGCGAUCAACUGGGCAGGCGGAUUGCACCAUGCGAAGAAAUGCGAAGCUUCAGGGUUCUGCUACGUGAACGAUAUUGUGCUUGCGAUUCUUGAGCUGUUGAAGUACCACGCUCCCCGUGAAGCUCCUCAUACCCUUCUCCCUCGUCUUUCCUUGACCUCCGUCUCCCCUUCUUUCCCCCACCUCCAUGUGCUCUACAUCGACAUUGACAUUGACUGGGGGAAAGAAGGGGGACGGCGGGGACGGCGUGGACAUUCGCCAUACAUCGACAUUGACAUUCGCCUUGGGGACGGCGUGGAGGAGGAGGAGAGGCCUGCUCCCUCAUACCCUUUGCCCUCGUCUCCCCUGGACCUCCUUCUCCCCUCCUCCCCUUCUUUCCCCACCAGCGUGUGCUCUACAUCGACAUUGACAUCCACCACAGGGACGGCGUGGAGGAGGAGCCUUUCUGUCUCAUGCCGCGUCCUGUCCAUCUCUCCCCCUCUUCGCUCCCUUGUGUCUACCCCCCCCCAGCGUGUGCUCUAUAUCGACAUUGACAUCCACCACGGGGACGGCGUGGAGGAGGCGUUUUACACAACGGACAGAGUCAUGACCGUGUCCUUCCACAAGUUUGGCGACUACUUCCCCGGCACAGGCACAGUGGUGUCGAGCCGACAUGGGGAUGGCGUGGAGGAGGCGUUUUACACAACGGACAGAGUCAUGACCGUGUCCUUUCACAAGUUCGGGGAUUACUUCCCAGGCACAGGCGAUCUGAGGGACACGGGGUACGGCCGCGGAAAGCACUACUCGCUGAACGUGCCUCUGCAUGACGGCAUCGACGACGACAGCUACCUCUCGCUCUUCAAGCCGCUCAUCUCCAAGGUCAUGGACGUCUUUCAACCAGGCGCAGUCGUGCUGCAGUGCGGGGCGGAUUCUCUCUCCGGGGACCGCCUGGGAUGUUUCAACUUGUCGGUGCGGGGCCACUCGGAGUGUGUGCGGUUCUUGAGAUCUUUCAACGUGCCGCUGCUGCUGCUGGGCGGGGGAGGGUAUACCAUUCGCAACGUCGCCCGCUGCUGGUGCUAUGAGACGGGAGUAGCGGUGGGGUUGGAGUUGGAAGACCGAAUGCCUUUCAACGAUUACUACGAGUAUUUCGGCCCGGAUUACACGCUGCACAUCACGCCCAGCAACAUGGAGAACCAGAACUCGCGGGCAUAUUUAGACUCAGUGCGAACUCGCCUGCUGGAGAAUCUAUCAAAGCUGCAGCAUGCACCCAGUGUGCCCUUUCACACGCGUGCCCCUGACACGCAACUACCCGACGAGGAGGAGGAGGAGCCUGAUAUUCGGCCAGAGGACAGGGAGGCGGAUGGAGAUGCGCCUGCAGUGCUGGAAGGACCAGCAGCAGCUGCCGUGAAGGAAGAAGGGAAGAGCGGGGGAGGCAAGGGCGCAGCAGCAGCAGGAGGAAUAGGUGGGGCUGGAGGAGCAGCAGGGGGUGGGGUUGGAGGAGCUGUGACAGGGGAGGGGAAGAAGCGACCUCUACCCGAGGCUUCAGGUCGCCCCCCCACUGCCCGCCCGCCCGUGAAGCCCAAGGUGGAAUCGUCACUCAAAGCCGAGCCUGCUUCCACACCAGCUCGAACUGCCAUACCUGCUGACAAGAAGGAAGAUUUGAUUCACGGCAGCUCCCCGUCCACUCGUGGGCUGACACCUGGCGAGGCAGCUACAGGAGCGGCAGGGGAGAAGGGGAGUGAGAGAGGGAGUGAGAAGGGGUCUGGCAGUGGCUUAACCCGCAAGGCGUCUCCAUACAGACAAGGGAACCUGGGUGACUAA